AGACUCUGUGGAUAAAACCCGCCCAUACUUGCCUCUGUACGGCUAAAACCCGCAGCACUCUCUCUGUCUCCACUAUCUUCACUGGUAAUGGCAAAACCUCUCUAAUGCCAUAGCCAUGUCGAUGCCUAUCGCCACUCUCCCUUCUCCCACCUUCAAAAUUCUCUCACUUCAUCGUCUCAACCUUCGAAUUCGUAACGAUACUGUUUCAUUUCGUUCUUCGUCCAUCAAAACCCAACCCUUCAAUCCCCAACCCACCCGGAAAAGGUUUGGCCUUUUCUACUCUAGAACUUUAGGGUUUUGCCUGAAUGUAGCAGAGAAUGGACAAGGAGAGAGCAAGACUAGUGUUGAUGAUGAUGCUGAAAGGUUGGCUCGUGGAGAGAGUACUAUGCCUGAUAGGUUCAGGUACUUGACUAAGGAAGCGCCUGAUCCUCCUGUUACAUGGCCAUGGUUUGUGGCACUGGGUUUCCUUGUCUAUGCAUGGAGGGCUGUGUUAUUUGAACUAGCCAACUGGAAGAAGGCCGUACUGGCAGUUGUUAGUUUUGUGGGAUACCUUCUGAAACUUUUGUUGGCUGUAAUCUUCCAUUUCAUUGGGGAUCCAAUCACUUCUUUGAUCAGAUGCAUAGAGACUCUAAUAUACACAGUUCGGGCUUUCUAUUCUGGUAUAGUUGCAUAUGCUCCUGUUCCAGAGUUGACUAUGAUUAUUUUGCUUGCAUCAGCAGUUCUUGCUGUUGCUGAAGCUGCUGCUCCAAACUCUAUAAUCAGCCAACCAUAUCUUCUUACAAUAUCUGGCCUGGUUGGCUAUGCAGCUGUGAGGAACUACAUCUCUGAGCCACUCUUCUGGACGCUUCUACUGGGUUUUUAUGGUUUCUCUCGAUUAGUUAAAAAGAGAGAUCAUGUAACAUCUGCUUUGCCUGCAGCUGCUGUAUUGGCUGCCGUUGGAGAACCCUGGGUUAGAGUUUUAGUGAUGCUUUCCUAUCUGGCUCUAGCUAUUUAUCACCAUUCAUGGAAGCUUUCCAAAGGAAAAGAAGAAGAUGAAGUUGCGGCAACAGGUCAAAGGGUUCCAGUGCCAUUGUUAUGUGCAGCCUUAGCCAUCGGAAUUCAUCUUGCUGCUAAGUGGGCUGGGUACCGGCACUUGACGUGGAUGAUAGUAUAAUGGUUAAGAAUUGUAUGGAAAUGAUAGGGGUUUUUAGUUGGCUCAAGGUGCAAUACCUGGGGCGAUCUUCUGGCUUUAUGCUGGGUACCUUUAGGUAGGUUUUCCUGUUCAGAUGUGCUGCAUUUAUGUUAAAUAGUGUACAAUUGCGAAAGUUCGGGGAUAAAUAGGUUUUAUGCAUUCCAAAAAAAUGGUCAAUUAGGUUGGAGAUAUUAGAUAUUUUGUUUAUCGCUUAUCGAAUCUAGCUUCACAGUAACAUAAAUUCCUUCUUCAGAAUUAUGCUAUAAAACAUUUUGCAA